AUGAUCACUCUUAACUCCCUGAAGUUGGCCCUCAGGGGCAAAGUCACGGCCACAGCGCUGUCUCACCAUCAAUCGCUGUCCGACGAAGAGUACAGUGCUGGCUUUGAUAUCCUGGAACAAGGCCUAGAAUGGACAAGCUACGAGGACUUCAUCAUUCCCCAGUUAUCCCAACUGCUAGCGCCCCUCUUUGACUCUCGGUUGGGUGUCUCGAUGCUGGAGGUCGGACCGGGCCCAAAGACAGUACUAGGAUAUCUGCCCGACCGCCUGAGACGGAAGAUCACAAAGUACACGGCACUCGAGCCCAACACCUUGUUCGCUACAAGACUAGAAGAAUGGCUCUGCCCCACCACCGAGGCAGCGCUUCCGCUACCCUGUCUGGAAAGCCCACCCGAUAUCCAUCGGGCCCCGUUCGUUGCGGACUCGGAAGAUGCCGCUACGGGCCAGGCUGGCGGCGACGAGAAGUUUGAUGCCAUCCUCUUCUGCCACAGCGUGUACGGCAUGAAGCCCAAGCACAGCCUUAUCCGACGAGCGCUGGACACGCUUGUUGAUCAGCCACAAGGGGCUUUGGUGGUGGUCUUUCACCGCGAACGUCUCUACCUGGACGGCCUCGUAUGCCAGCAAACGGCGUCAUUCCCCGAUGGUGUAGUUAGUGUGGCGGACGACGACGAGGUACUCGGCCGAUUCGCCGCUUUUGUUGCCGGUUUCGCCGCACCAGACGCCGCAACCCGAGCGGAGUGGCGCGACGCUUGCCGCGCCCUGGGCCGCCAUCGCCGCGAGGCAGCCGCCCACCAGACCCAUCUCUUGUUCAGCGCGCCUACCUUCAUGGUGGCAUUCAACCGGAAUGCGACGACUGCGUUGCCGGAGCUUUCAACCGAGGUCCCCGUGCUGAACAUAGAUGGCGACGGGAUAGUCAAGAACAGAGAGGCCCGCCUCCACCGUUGUGCCGCAAUCACAAGGCCGGUAGAGGUUGGGCACGUCCAGGCGUGCGUCCGGUGGGCACUGAGGCACGGCGUUGGUUUGAGCGUCAUCGGCGGGGGCCACAGCGGCCACUGUCUCCGGCCGAAUGUCGUUGGUGUCGACAUGGGCGCGUUUGACCAGUUGCAUAUCCUCCCGGUCGGGGAGGAUUCGGAUUCCAGCCCGUUGAUCGUCGCCGGGGCUGGUUGCAAGACGGGCGACAUCAUCCGCAAAGCCUUGGCGGCGGGCCUCACCGUGCCACUGGGGGCCUGCCCCAGCGUGGGCGCAGGGUCGUGGCUGCAAGGCGGCAUUGGGCACCUGGCCAGGCUCCACGGGCUCGCGUGCGAUGCUAUUGUCGGUGCCGUGGUGGUUAGCGUCGCUUCCGCCGAGGUUGUCACCGUCGGCUGUGUGCCGAGCCAGCAUCGGCCGACCGGCGCGGUGCGCCUGAGCGACACCGAGCUGUUGUGGGCCAUAAAGGGGGCGGGUACCAACUUUGGCAUCGUUGUCAGCGUUACCUUCAAGGCAUUCGCAGCCCGGACCUACUUGGUUCAAAACUGGGUUGUCACUCUGAACGACCACCUUGAGGCACGGCGCAAGCUCGGCGACUUUGACAGAUUGGUGGCCGACCAACUACCCCGGGACUGCUCUGCCGACGCAUAUCUGUACUGGGACGACGGGAGCUUGCGUCUCGGCGUGACUAUGUUCGAGACCUCUACGGCGGGGUUCAACCAUAAGACACAGCCGCCUGCGCCCGCAAACGUCUUUGCAAUUCUGGGUCCACAAUCAAGUUCUCAGACGGUGGACGCCGUCGGAGUGUUCGACGCUAAUAUGUACACAUCCAGGAAGCAUGGCGGGCACGGAGGCGGCAAGACGUCCUCUUUCAAGCGGUGUUUAUUCCUGAAGGGCAUCGGGGGGGCUAACAUCGCCAACAUUCUGACGGUGGCUGUGCAAACGCGGCCUACACCUCUGUGCUAUCUCCAUCUGGUCCAUGGCAGCGGAGCGAUCGGCGAUGUGGCGGCAGACGCCACCGCAUUUGGCUGCCGAGACUGGGAUUUCGCAUGUGUGGUGACAGGUGUGUGGCCCCGUGAACAGGACGGGGCCGAGGCCGCUCAAGCCGCGGUGAACUGGGUCUACAAGGUCGCUGGGGAGCUGCUGCCCGUGAGCCGCGGAGCGUACGGCGCCGACCUCGGACCAAACCCCCGAGACGCCGCGCUGGCCGCCAGGGCGUUCGGCCCAAACUUACCGCGCCUAGUUCGUCUCAAACGUGGUUGCUGGGACCCACGUAAUGUACUGUCGUACGCCUGCCCGCUACCGCGGGCACCGAUGGAGCCUAAGCUCAUAGUUGUUGUCACGGGCGAGAGCGGUGCCGGAAAGGACUACUGCGCCGACGUCUGGGUCUCCGUGUUUACCAACAGACGUUUCAAGGCGCGCGCCGUAAGUAUCAGCGAAGCGACUAAGCGCGAGUAUGCGGCAGCUACUGGCGCGGACCUGAACCGUCUGUUACAGGACCGUACCUACAAGGAGCAACACCGGCCGGCAUUGACGGCCUUUUUCCAGAACCAGGUGCAGCAACGGCCACGGCUGCCAGAGGAGCAUUUUCUGGAGGUGGUGUACGGCGCCGUGGAUGUGGACGUGCUGCUCAUCACGGGCAUGAGAGACAAGGCGCCGAUCGCGGCUCUGUCGCCCUUGGUGCCUGAGAGGAGACUGCUCGAGGUGUACGUUCAAGCCAGCGACAGAACGCGUGCAGCUCGCCAGGCGCGCGACUGCGGUGAGGCGGACCCAACGCCUCUGAACUACCGCCCUAACCUCGUCUUUGACAAUGACGCAACCGGAGACGAAGCGGCUAGAGGCUUUGCCGAGCACCACCUGCUGCCCUUCCUCCACGAGGACUUGCAGCGGCUAGCGGCUAUGGUCCGCCCGGUUCCGAACUUUCCGCGCUCAGGCAUAGAUUUCCGCCACGUGCUCGGUAUCUCCCAGCAACCGGGCGGGCUGGGCCUGUGCGUGGCCCUGCUGGAACGUCACUUCUCCGGCCGGUGGGACGAGGUCGACGUAAUGGCAUGCUGUGAGGCCGGUGGCUUCAUCUAUGCGUCGGCGCUCGCCGCGCGGGUCGACGUGCCCUUGGCGUUGAUCCGCGAGGCAGGCAAGUUGCCCCCGCCCACCGUGUCCGUCGUCAAGGCCCCGUCGCAUAUCUCGUCUUCGGCAUCCAACCUUGACUCGAAGGCGAGCAUCGAGGUGGGCCGGGACGCGGUUCCUAAGGGCGCGGCCGUGCUGGUGGUAGAUGAUGUUCUUGCUACGGGGCGGACGCUUUGUGCAGUCCUGCGGCUGUUGGGUCAGGCUGGCAUUGACUCUGAACAUGUGAGCGUCAUAGUCGUGGCUGAGUUCCCUGUUCACCGCGGCCGGGAAAUGCUGCGCCGGCAUGGCUUUGGAGGAGUCAAUGUUCAGAGCCUUUUGGUCUUUGGCGGCGCUUAG